GUUGUUCAUUCAAGCGAUUCGUUCAAACGGCUGAUUCAUCAGAUGUUUAUGUAUGAGCUACUGAAUCAUUGACUCAACCGAUUCAUUCAGAACAUGGAAUUAUUCUGGAAUGAAUCGGCUGUUUUCCGUGAGGUGCGCUGUGGUUCAGCCUAAAAUGUAAGUGACCUAAUAUUAUUGUAAUUGCUUAUUGAACUGUUUAUUUUCAUUUAGAUUUUUUUUUUUUUACCUCAGCAUGCUUAACGUUACUUGUCUGGCCUUAAUAAAGCGUUACUGUCACCCUCGGAGUAUCUGUGCGGGUAUCAAAACCUGGACGGCCCCAGCCCAAUUUAAACCCAGGUUACCACUGUUUACGAUAAUACAAUAGGCCUUAUGUUUUCUUCUGUUUCUUUAUGGCUUUAAGGUAACAUUAAUAAAAUUGAUAAAACUGCUUCUAUUUACAACAAAUUGUCGUUAGCACUGAACAUUGGAUAUGAAUGUUAUCGUUUGAAAGAACUAGAUGACGUAUUUUUCUUUUUUCUUUUUUGUAUUCCAUUCCGCGUGGGAAUUUAUGACGUCACAAUUCGCCCAUGAAGGUAUAUAAAGGCGCAAAAAUCACUUGCUCAUUUUGUGCUUUGAAGUCUUGGAAGUAACAUAUUUGGUAGAGACUGUUAGCGACUGACAAACGGUGUUAUCAUGGGACUGCUUUCAAAACUAAAAGAAGCGACUGGUUCGGAGUGUGUACGAGAACCCUGUGUACACCCCAGAGACUCCCCCAUCAUGACGGAGAACCAUCAACCGGCGCCGGUUGGUUCUCUUGAGAGCGAUGGAGGGAGAUCGAUGAAGAGCUUCUGGAAGUGGGCCGUUCUUCACUUUCCUUCCAGCCGAAGGGGAACAUAUGACCUGGCCAAAGCCGAGGAGAAAUACGGGACAGAGGCGGAAAUUCAGUGGAGAGAUAACGAUGAUCCAGCUCCUGAAGACCUCCUUGCUGCUGAGGAACAGCAGAAACACAGCGUCCUGGACAAGAACCAGAGUGAACUCUGCGUACAUCCCAAAGACGGCCCCAUCACAUCAGAGAGCCGUCAUCCUCAUGUGUCUGAGAUUGAUGGAGGAAGAGAGAAGGAAGGGAGCGAGGAGAAGAAGAAGAAGAAGAAGAAGAGCUUCUGGAAGUGGCCUGCUCUUCACUUUCCUUGCAUUGGAGCUGGAACAUAUGAUCUGGCCGAAGUGGAAGAGAAACACUGGAUAGAGGCGGGAACGCACUGGAGAGAUAGCGAUGAUCCAGCUCCUGAAGACCUCCUUGCUGCUGAGGAACAGCAGAAACACAGCGUCCUGGACAAGAACCAGAGUGAACUCUGUGUACAUCCCAAAGACGGCCCCAUCACAUCAGAGAGCCGUCAUCCUCAUGUGUCUGAGAUUGAUGGAGGAAGAGAGAAGGAAGGGAGUGAGGAGAAGAAGAAGAAGAAGAAGAGCUUCUGGAAGUGGCCUGCUCUUCACUUUCCUUGCAUUGGAGCUGGAACAUAUGAUCUGGCCGAAGUGGAAGAGACACACUGUACAGAGGCGGGAACGCACUGGAGAGAUAGAGAUGACCAGAGUGUACACGAACAGUGCGUACAACCCAAAGACUCCCCCACCAGGUCUGAAGAGACGCCUGUUACUCCUGUUGAGAACGAUGGAGGGAGAACGGAGGCAGGGACAGAGGAAGUCCUCCUCACUACUGAGCAACAGCUCGUGCAGGACAUCCUGGACAAGGGCCACAUUCACAAGCAAUAUGAAAUCGGCCGCAUGCUUGGUGAAGGAGGAUGUGGCAGUGUUUAUGAAGGGACUCGCUGCGAGGAUGGACUUAAGGUGGCUGUGAAAUGUUCAGAGAAGACGCCAGACAUGUCAUAUAUCAGUGUGCCUGGUCAUCCCAAUCGUCUGCCAAUGGAGAUUGGCCUGAUGCUCAUGGCCAACAAUGGCCCCAGCGUUUCCCAGAUCAUUAAGCUGCUCGACUGGGAGGAUGACACAGAUCACUACGUGAUAGUCAUGGAGCGACCAGUGCCUUGCGUGGAUUUGUUUACUUUCGUGGAUGAUGAAGAAAAGCUUGACGAGGGGAUUGCAAGAAACAUUAUGCGGCAGAUCAUUGAUGCCGCUCAAACUUGCUGUGAUCGUGGCGUCUUCCACCGUGAUAUAAAACUGGAGAACAUCUUGGUGAACCAGGACACCAUGGAGGUCAAAUUAAUUGACUUCGGGUGCGGGACAGUCAUGAAGAAAUCUACCUUCGAAUCCUUUAGUGGCACGAAAGAGUACUGUCCACCUGAGUUCAACUUGAAGGGCAGGUACCAAGCAAAGCCAACCACAGUGUGGACACUAGGGUUCAUCUUGUUUGAAAUGGUGUGCGGGGAAUGCCCUACAUCCUACGACCAUCACAAGAUCAGUGUGAACCUCUGGACCAGACCUGGCUUGUCAAAAGAAUGCCGCCAGAUGAUUUGUGAUUGUCUGCAGCCUGAUCCAGAGAAGAGACUCAGUCUGGACGAGAUGCAUCUCCAUGACUGGUUUAAGGUCACAGAGUAAAACAUAACCUCAGAAAACAACUCCUGUCAUGGCCACCCUGUUGUUUUCUGUCUUCAGUCAGCUUUGCGUCUGGUGGACUGACACGAGUGACCUUUCCAUCAGUCCACUCUGGCCUUAGCGUAUUGCAGGCCCUUGUCUUGAAUUAAAGCAGUCUGACUGUAUUGCUUGCUUGGGGAUCUGUAAAAAAUUAUUAAUUGUUUAUUUGGAUUUGUUUAUUUAUUUUAAGGAAGUUGGUAAAAACAUUUCUAAGGAAUUUUGUAAGAAAAUGUGUAAAUAAUUUAUU